UACUCGGCACUACCAACCUACAGUAGUGGUAGGUAUUACUCAGCCUCUUUUGGGUGCCAAGCUUGUUUGUAACUGAAAGCGUCUUCGACGGAAAGUUCGGCGGGAAAGACCGGUGCUCCACCGUGCUAUUCACCCUGCCUAUAAGUGGCGUUUGUAGGCUAUUGAUACAUAUAGGUUUAGGCAGAUUGCUGUCGUUACAACCAUGAGUGGGAAACUAUUUGCGCCUCGAUCAGUGCGGCCUUGCCCGGCAACAAGGACUCAGGCUACGCACAGUAACCAUGCUGGAUAUAUUGUUAUAGAUAUGGCUCGUAAAUGCGCUGUCUCUACGAUUCUUUCUGCAUGCUUGCUUUCCGGCCCGUUGGUGGAACCUUCACCCAGCCUUGCCAUGGGUCAGACUCAGCCAGCAACACGUCAACUGGUGCUGCCUCCCCUGUCCAGCUCUUCCGCCCCUUCCUCUUCCCUCCUCCUUGCCACCACCACCACCACCACCUUCCCCCCACUGGCCACCAUGGGCCCUACGGCAGCAGCCACGGCAGCUGCACCCACCACGACUGGGGCCGCUCCCCCCGCAUCCGCACCCGCACCCGCACCUGCGGCCCUCUCAACGGUAACGGCUGCUGACGUGGCGAUUGAGGCGGUGGAGGAGGCGGUGAUGGAGAUGCAGCAGGCGGCAUCCGGUGCACUUCACUUCUUCGAACGCGGGUUUCAUGCCGUGGAGUCUUCCGUACACCAUCUGCAGUUGCUCCAUGCGCUCGAGCGGCUGCAGGACAUGCCGCUAGGGGAGGUGGUGGACCUGGGCCAGUUGAAGGCCGCACUGCACCCGCCUGCUGCCCCUGCUGCUGCCCCUGCUGCUGCUGCCCCUGCUGCUGCUGCCCCUGCUGCUGCUGCCCCUGCUGCUGCUGCCCCUGCUGGCGACAGCCCUGACGCGGGGCCCGCCCCAACUGCAGCCGGCGGCUCGGAUGAGCAGCAGCAGCAGCAGCCGCAAGAGGAGCCAGCCAGCAACCCAGAGCUACAGCAGCAGCAGCAGCGUGUGGCCGCUGCGGUGGCGGAGGUGCAUGCCGCGCUGGAGGGUGUGGCGGGGUGGCGGCUGGGGCAGGUGGUGGAUGUGGGCAGGCUGGCGGAUGCGCUGCAGGACGUGCCGCCCCCCUCCGACCCGCUGGCCCCCCGCGCGCUGCUGCGAGUGGCGCCCGCCAUCCGGCACCGGGUGCACUGGGGGCAGCUGGCGGGGGCGGUGAAACACCAGGCGCUGCGGCAAGCGCUGCUGGAUCUGGCGGCUAGCAGCGGGGAGGAGGACAGCCCUUUUGCUGGGCUGGAUGUACGAGCUGCCGUAUCAGCGGUACGGAUGGACGUCGUACGGCAGGUGCUGCGGCCGCCCUCAGCACCGGUGUCGUAUGGGGAUGGGGAUGAGCGGCGGGGCGGCCCCAAGUCGCUGGAGGGAAGUGGCUUGUGGACGUGGGAGGUGUGAGGCGGCUGAGAGGAGG